AUGAGAACAUUUUGGAAUCCUCCAUCCACUCUUCCAUUCACAAAAUAUGGAGCACAACAAAAUCCUUCAUCUCCUUCGAAGCCGUCGUCGACUGCUUUUUACAAACUCUCGACACUCGCUGGAAUGUCAAAUGUCAGUGGAGACGGAGGACUCGGUGUGGAUGCACAACUCAACCAUCCUCGUGGUUUAUUCUGUCAUUAUAACAUGCUUACAAAUAAUUAUGAAUUAUACUUUUGUGAUACGAAUAAUGUUCGAAUUAGGAAAAUUAAUUUACAAACUGGCAUUAUUGAGACUGUCAUUAGUGAUCGUGAUGAUGUGUUACCUGCAGUCAAUGAUGGAAGGUUAUCGAAUUUGGCAUUUCCAACAAGUUUGGCAUUAUCGAGUGAUUUUGUUCAGGAAGGAAAUGUAACUCUUGUGAUCACAAAUGCAUUUAUGAGUGAUGGAACAAAGAUUAUUAAGGCAAGUUGGAGUGGACUCGUCUCAUGUCCAACAUUGGGCUCCAAUAAUCAGUGCAAAUCAAAAAUGGAAUUGCGAGAAAUUGAGCUACCUUUGAAUUUUCGAAAUGUUGCUUCUGUCUCUGCCUACAGAAAUCCCAAACAAAAAAAUCGAACCGAAUGGCUUUUUGUCGAUUCCUACAAUGCAAUCAUUACAAAAAAUUAUUAUGAAUCUAUUGGUACGGAGAAUGUUCCCACACGAUUAACUCUUAAUUUUGCAGGAACAACCUCAAAACCAUUUGCAGGUUUUGUGAGACCUGAACGAGUAUAUGCAGAUGUGAAUAAUGAUCAAUUAUACGUAACAGAUUUAGAUGCUGGAAUUGUUUAUCAAUUUACUUCCAUUCUUUUAGGAACCACACUGACUUUAAAAAAUCAAUUUCUCAUUUCAGCACCUGGUGGAAUGACAUUUUCAAGAGAUGGAACUGUCCUAAUUAGUGGAAGAGGAACAAGUAGGAUUUAUGAAUUGACAAAGAAAAAUGAGCUUAAUUUAAUGAUGGGUUCAAAACCUGGGUUUGAAGGAGAUGGAGGUCGUGCCAAAGAUGCAAGAUUUAACUCUCCAGAUGAUUUAAGUUAUUGUAAUGGAAGUUUAUACAUUUCUGACACGUUUAAUUCAAGAAUUCGAAAAGUGUCUUUUGAUUCAAACACAAUUGAAACCUUUGCAGGAAAUUAUGAAUAUACUGCAUUUGGAAUUGGAACCAGUACUAUUUUAAAUGACCCAACGUCUUUGAGUUAUAAUCCUCUAUUUCCAAAUGAGGUACUCAUUGCUGACACAAACAGUAAUGUCAUUCGAUCUCUUGAUUUGAUCACAAACAAGAUACAAACGGUGGCAGGCAGUUACAAUCCAGGUCGUUCAAAUUCUUCGAACAUUAUUCGACCACAGUGUGCAGUGAGAGGCCCCAAUCGAGAAUUAUACAUUUGUGACACUUACAAUCACCGAGUGUUAGUGAAAUAUGAAAAUGGAACUGAAGAAACCAUUGCUGGUAUUCUUGGAAGUUCAGGAUAUAGUGGAGAUGGAUAUUAUGCAAAAGAUGCAAAACUCUUUACUCCAACAAGUAUUGCCAUUAACAAGUUAGGAGAAAUAUUUAUUGCAGAUUCAGAUAAUAACAGAAUUAGAAAAAUCGACAAGGAUGGAAUCAUCUCUACUGUGAUUGGAAUUGGUAAUCCAAAAAAUCCAUGUCCUCGAUCCAGUCAAUACAUUCAAAUGCCUGUCACUACCGCCUGUGUCAUUCAUCCAACUUGUUUACAAUUUGAUCAUGAAGGAUAUCUCUAUUUGAGUGAUGUUGGUCACCACAUGAUUCGAAAGGCAAGUCCUGAUUUGACCACUGUUUAUAUCAUUGCAGGAAAUGGCCAAACAGAAUUUAUUAGAGAUUCUGGAAUUGUUGCAACACAGGCAUCUCUCUUUUCUCCAAGAGGUCUAUUUGUGAUGGACAAUGGAGAUGUCUUAAUUGCAGAUAGUCGACAUCAUUUGAUCCGAAUUGUCACAAAAAAAGAUAAUUUAAUUUCCACAAUUAUUGGAACUGGAAAACGAGGAGACAGCAUCUCUUUCGAAAACGCAACUCUCAAUAAUCCCUUCUCUGUCAUUGUCACAAGCAAUAACGAAAUUAUAUUUUGUGACAAUGGUAACAACAAGAUUAAGAAACUGACAUGUGCACCAGGUCUCUCUGGAAUAUUAUGUGAACCUUCGAUGGAUCAAAAAAUUGUAAUAUUUAUUUCAGUCAUUGCUGCAACUGUUGUACUUGCCAUUUGUUGUGUCAUUUCCAUUGUAACCAUUCAAUGUUAUUAUAAUAUCAAAAAACGAAAAUCACUCCAACAAUUACGAGAACCUUUGGUUUAUCAACUCGAAGAACGUUUAUUACCAAUUAGUAAUGUCACCAUUGAUAAGACUAGAAAAUUAGGAAGUGGUACGAGUGGAACUGUUUAUUUGGGUUAUUGGGAUGAAAUUCUAGUGGCAGCAAAGAAAGUUGAAAAAUCUUCAUUAACAGAACGUGAAGUUGAAUUUUAUAAGAACUUACGAAAUCCACAUAUUGUGACAUUUUAUGGAGUAAAAGAAGAAGAAGAAGAGGAAAAUCAAGAGAUUAAAAAUGAAGGAAAAGAGCUCUAUGACGAUACAACAUCGACCAAUGGUCAUCAUGAAGGAUCCAUGUAUCUCAUUAUGGAAUAUAUGGGAGGAGGAUCUCUUCGAAAAUAUAUUUAUUCUCUUUCGAAAGGAACUGAAAAAUGCACAUUUGUGGAGAAACUAUGUUUAUUGAAAGGAGUUCUCAUUGGAUUGAAAUAUCUUCAUGAAAAUAACAUUACUCAUCGAGAUUUGAAGCCUGAUAAUAUUUUAUUAGAUGAAAGACAUCAAAUUGCAAAGAUUUGUGAUUUUGGAACUACGUUAAAAACAAGUGCAAAUCUUCAAGAAGAAACCACUCUUGGAACUCCAGCUUAUUUACCUCUUGAUGGUGUCACUAGUCAAAAACCAAGCACAAAAGUAGAUGUGUAUGCAUUUGGAAAAGUCAUGUGGGAAUUACUUUUUGAAAAAUCAUUGGAAGAGGCAUCAUACACUCAUGAACCUCCAAUUCCUUUCUAUUCUGCAGUUUCUUGUUUUGCAUGGAUUAGUGACAAUCCUUCAGUAGGCAUUCAAUACAAGGAUGAAACCAAUGAAGAUGAAUGUUUCAAACAAAUUGAAGCACAUUCAGAAAUUGUGUGGGAAUAUUGCAAAGUCAUGAAAGAAUGUUUCAGUCAGAGUGUGGAAAAGAGACCAACCAUUUUCAAAAUUUUAAAUUUGUGUAAAUUAUGGAUUGGAAGGUUGGAUGAAAGUAAGAAGGUUAUUACGAGUCGUGCAAUGAAUGUCAUAGCAGUCACUGAAAAUUAUGUUCCUCUCGAUUUGAAUUCAAAUUGGAAUUACGUGAAAGAAUAA